AUGAUUAGUUUAGCUGAACAAGAUGAAACAAAUUUCUACAAAUUGGCUCUCAUUGCGUAUGAGAAUCUUCAGAAACAUGAAUCAUUUGAUUUAACAACUAUUUUCAAUGAAAGUGAAUUUGAACAUUGGACACUAGACUUAUCAAAAUCCGACGAUGAUCUACUCGUAAACAAUCAAUUCUUCUAUGAUGUGGCUGUUGUUCAUGUAACUCCUUCCAGUAUAAAAGUCAUGCCAUAUGAGCGGAUCCUAGGCAAUCGUGUACUACGUCAGCCGGAUUUUAGUGAUAUCAAUGAGUUUUGUUUGGUAUAUUUCAAACCAGAUAAAGACGAUGAAUAUAUCAAGACGAAUUUACAUUACGAAGUGGUAUUAAAAAGAGGCAUUCUUUUGUGUAAUAGACGUUAUUAUUUAUUUGGUGCAUCGAAUUCACAACUUCAACAACACAGUUAUUGGUUUAUUAGAGCCGAUUCGUACGAAGAAGUUGAUGAAAAACGAGCUAAAUUAGGUGACUUUAGUGGAAUUACUAAUGUUGGAAAAUAUAUAACACGUUUAGGUCUUUGGUUUAGUAAGACUAUGCCAAGUAAAAUCACACUCAAGUAUGCAGAAGACUUUGAUCAAAGCAUUCAAAAUAGUGAUUACUGUGUUACAAUGAUUGAUGAUAUUAAACGCAAUGACUAUUGCUUUACCGAUGGAAAUGGUUUUAUAUCAAAAGGUUUAGCUAAAGUUGUUGCAAAAAAUCUUGGUUACCCCACUGAAUAUUUAGAUCUUGAUAUCUAUCCAUCUGCUUAUCAAAUUCGAAUGGCUGGCUGUAAAGGUCUUGUAGUUGUUGAACCAAAAUCUACAUCGGAUUAA